GCAGCCUCCCGGGCUCCUCAUCCUUUAUGGAAAACGGGGAAAACCCGGCGGGUUUGCCCCUGUGGCGUUUUCCGGGCGCUGGGAACAAAGCCGUGCCGUGCCGUGCCGAGGUUUGCCCGUCAGUGAGCGCGUUCCGUGCCGUGGGCUCACCGAGGGCAGCGGCACCGCCCGCCGCAGGACAUCACCCGCCCGGCCACCCCCUCACUCCUCUUUUCUCCUUUUUUGUUAUUUUCCUUGCUAACCAGCUGGCGGAGCGUCACCAGGUCACCGGAGGAAUUCGUCAGGACGGUGUUCCACGCUGAUCCCAGGGAUCGCUGGUGCAUCAGGCGGAGGUUGUGGCAUACAAAUGCUCCCACCUAAGCUGUUUCCCCCCCUACCCCCACCAUCUCUGUCCCAGCACAGGAGGGAGCCAUGGUGUGCAUUCCCUGCAUCGUGAUCCCUGUUCUCCUCUGGGUCUACAAGAAGUUUGUGGAGCCCUACAUCUACCCCAUGAUUGCCCCCUUCAUCAAGCGUGUCUGGCCCAAGAAAGCUGUGCAGGAGCCACCAGGCACCAAGCAGGGGCCAGGAGGCAGCACUGGGGACCCUCGGGGACCUGCGGCUGCCAAGAGAGACCAGGAGGACGGAUCUGGAAGCCAUAAAUUGGAAAGCAAUGGCAUUGCAAAUGGAAGUCCUGCAAAGGGAUCUGCUGCAGUAUAUGACAAGAAAACAGCUUGAGGGAGUUAAUUCCUAAGGAUUUUGUUCCCUUGUGUCCAGUAUGAACUGCUGAUAUUCCUCUCAAUUUGAGACUUUUUUCUUUGCACAUUUUAGCUGAAUAAAAAACUUAAUUGCUUGCAGGAGAGUCUCUUUUGCCACUAAAAUGGCAGCUGUUUGUUUAUUUAAAAUAUUUGAAAGCUGAUGUUCUUGUAUUUUUCUCGCUGGAACUACUUUUCAUCUGCCAGCUAUUUGGUGUGAUUAGAGUUUAGGUUAAAUAAUGUAAGAAUAAAUCUGUUUAUGAAAGGCAAAUGUAUCUUAGCAUCUUGAUGUCACUAAGUGCUAGUGCAGUACUUGAGGCUUUCACCUUAAAGGCUUUAUCUGUUCCUGGUGAAGAACUGUGGACUACAUUGUGACAACAAAAGCUCAUAAUUUAUGAAGAAUUUAGAUUUUUCAUGUCAAAUCUAUGGAUGAGCUAGAGGAGUUAUGCUGCAUACAAAACUUGCUUAGCUUACUAAAAGCAGAAAGUCUUGAUGUGAUACUUUCCUUAAUUAUUUUCCUUGAAAUAUUAUGCCUUUUUUUUUUCCUGAGGCAUGAUGAAAGAGAUUGUUGCUUUAUGUUCUGUUGUAGUGAUUUAUAAUGGCGCAGUUCUGGCUUUAAAAAGAAAACUCAACAUCCAACUAAAACCUCUUUACCAUGCUUGUGGAAUUUUCAUUAUAAUAAACUGGGAUUUUAUUUAAAAAUAA